AUGACCACUCACCCACCACCCCUCCAUCUCUCCGAAAUCCUCAACCUCUCCCCACAACAUGAUAGACACUGCAUCGGCUUGAUCAAAGACGAAAGCCGCAGGUGCCUUUUGCCAGUCACGUCCGAAAAUUGCAGUGAAGGCAGCCGCUUACUGGAACUAGCCACUAAACAACUCUACAUGGGACAUCGCAUCGACGACAUACUGGAAGAUAUCGCGUUCUUGCUCCUCUGUAAAAGGUGGCACCGAUCCAAAGCGUUGGAAGUCUCCGUCAAGUGGAAAUCCCAAGUUUACCGGUACCUUGCAGCAACAGCAACAGCAGCAGCAGCAACAACAGUCCAAGACCCUCCUGCGGAGCAGCCCCGACAUAAAAGCCAUCACAAUGUUGAGGCGUCUGUGCCGGUUCCAAGCCUGCGAGAUACUUCUAUCCCUCGUCAAAGUGAUUGUGGACAGAUAAAUCAGUCUCGAUCCCAGGGACAGAGUCAGACACAUAGAGAUACUCGUCUUUAUACUUCCUCUCAUCCCUCUUCCUCCUCUUCUUGCUCUACAGAAGCAAAAGCAGAAACAGACUCCUCAUCCGAGAUGUUUGCACGAACUUCUCGCCCCAGACGAGUCCUGAUGCCCACCAGAUUCAACAGCACCAAAGUGUGCCCCGACGAAGUCUCUAAAAGAGACUCUCGGGUUAUCAGCACAAUCACCCACGAAGUCAUAGUUUCCUGCUCGACUUCAGCACCUCUCCCCAAGGUUAACCGCUCCAUGUCGGUAUCUCCCUCCGGUCAAAGCCUCGAAGACAGGUCCAAUAUAAUAGACGCCCACAUGCAGAAACUGCAACUUAUGGAGCCGGCUGAGGACGUUACCGAUGAUGAGGAAGAAACACCCGCUCGGGAAGAAGAGCAAAAGGCUAGUCUUCUCCAGGAGUUGCAGGCUAUUGUGCCUUCGCGAGAGCGUCCGUCGAAGCUGGUUAGGGCUUCUUUUCAGGAGUUGGAGACGCUCUUGAGGGGGGUGGUUGAUGAGGAGACGAAGCGUGUGGUUGAUGAGUAUAUGGAUGAAGUGAGGCGUAUGGAUUAUGGUGGGGAUGAGACAGACACGGAAGACGAUGACGAGAUGAAAGAGAAGGAGAAAUGUGCCCUGGUGGCACAGAUUGCGCAUAUUGGCCAGGACAUUAAGCGUGCACACAAGAGGAAGAGAAGGGCCCAUUCCUCGCGCAAGAUGCCCAAGGAGAUCAAGACCAAGACCAAGACCGAAGAAUCUCCCCUGACUUCAAAACCUUCGGAUGUUGUCCAUCCUGUCCCCGUCCGGGAAGAUGCAUCCAAGAUGCCCAAGGACAUUGACGUCAGCGUCAAUGUCAACAAACCCACAACGCAAACUCCAGACGUGAUAACCAUCAUCCAACCCAUCAAGGGUGAAAUUAGAGUGUCCAUCAUCACCGACAUUCGUGAGACCGUGGACGAGUCAGACAAUCAGGCAUCCGCUUCACCUCAUUCCUCCCCCUCCUCCACCUUCUCCUCCUUUUCCACUCGCUCCUUCCCUUCCCCAUUCUCAUCCAUCUCCUCUCUUGGAUCUCUAGAGAGAUCCAGGGACCUCCUAUAUAUGGCCAUGCAAGAGCCACACAUGAAGAAUCACAUCAUCAACAACCAUGAUGAUAAGAAAAGCAAUUGCAACAACACCAAUCCCCACCUCCAUCUAUCUACAACCCAACCCCGGGACUCCCUACCCAUCAAAAUACCCGAUCCCAUCGUCCUUCUCAACAACCAAUAUCCCCAAUACCCCGAAAACCCAUAUCCAGCGCUCACGACCGGUGUCGCCAUCGGCAUAGCCCUUUUCGACGGCCUCGCAUGGCUGCUCAACAGGAGGAACUUUUCAGUCACUGUCGGGCUGGGAUUGUAUUUAGGGGUGUUGUCUGUUGUUGGGUUAUUGUGA